AUGAUGUAUUAUAAAAACUUGUUAACAACAAUAUAUAUUACUUUAGUGGUGUCUGUUACGACUACCACUGCAGCUGUAACAAAUUUAACAGGACUGCCACCAAACUUCCCACAAACCUAUCCUACACUCGAUACACCACCAGAACCAGUAGCUCCUUGGACAGCUUUGGUCGAUAAAUCAAAAUUACCAGCUGCCCCUGUUAAUCUAAUCGGUUACCCUUGUGCCGCUGUUGACACUUUUUGUCAUCAAAUAGGUAUACAUACAUGGUCUCACACUCAAUUAACUACACAAAGUACAGAUACAAUUAUUGCAGAAUUAAAAUAUACAGAAACGUUGAUUAAAAACGUUACGAACUUAACUCCAAAACUAAUGCGUCCUCCAACAGGUGAUCUAGAUGAUAGAGUUCGAGGAAUUGCACGACAAUUAGGUUAUAAAAUUGCACUUUGGAAUCAUGAUACAUUUGAUUGGAAAUCAUUUGGUGACCCAAAAUAUGAUUUAAAUUGGAUCACUGAUAAUUUCACAAUAUGGGCACAAAAUAAAUCGACGAUUGGGGUCAUAUCUCUCGAACAUGAUUUAUACAACAUCUCUUCAUCUAAAAUACCUGAUGCUAUUGAUAUAAUAAUUAAAUAUAAUUAUACAUCAAAACAAAUUUCAAAUUGUGUUCCAAAUACUCCAGCUUAUGUAGAAAAUGUUACUUUGCCUAUGCCAGAUGCAGUAUCAUCAUCACCUUCAGGCACAAAUACAAAUUCGCCAAAAAAAUCAUCAGCAGAGAUACAUGUUCCCGGUUUUUUGGCAAUAAUUGUUUCAAUUUUAGUGAUUACUGGGUCUAUAUUCAUUAAAUUGGACUGA